UAUUGUGCGAAACGAAACCAUCAAGACCAGUACGUCAAAACCAGCACAUCAAGACCAGCAUGAAACAGGAUAAAUCUUGCAGGUGUCGAAUGUUGGAAUUUUGGACAUUUAGAGUGACAAAAAAAUUAUAAUAGAUACAAAAUAUGUCAGAAGUGAAUCCUAAACAUAUGCUUCAUAGUGGCAUUUUUCAUCCCGUUUUAAGACUAUGGCAAUCUCCAAACGUAGAAAUUACUGCAAAUAAUCUCAUGUAUCCUAUCUUUGUAUCCGACAAUAAAAAUGACAAAGAACCAAUUAGUAGUAUGCCUGGUGUAUAUCGUUAUGGUAUUAAUCGAUUACACGAGGAUUUACAACCAUUAAUAUCAAAAGGAUUGCAAUCUAUAUUAUUAUUUGGCGUCUCAAAACAUUUAGUAAAAGAUCAUGUUGGCUUUAAUGCCGAUAGCAAGGAAAAUCCUAUAGUUCAGGUGAUACCAUUGAUAAGGCAAUGGUUUCCAAAUUUAGUAGUAGCAUGCGACGUAUGUUUGUGUCCUUAUACGAUUCAUGGUCAUUGUGGUAUUUUAAAUGAUGAUGGAACCAUUGAUAACGGUGCAAGCAUUAAACGUAUUUCUGAAAUUGCAGUCGCAUACGCAAAAGCUGGUGCCCAAAUAGUUGCUCCAUCUGAUAUGAUGGACGGUCGAGUAGGUGCAAUAAAAAAGCAACUAGUUGUGGCUGGACUAGCAAAUAAAGUUGCUGUAUUAUCGUACGCAGUUAAAUUUGCAUCAGGAUUUUAUGGACCUUUCAGAGAUGCAUCUCAGUCAGCCCCAAAAUUUGGCAAUCGUAAAUGUUACCAAUUACCACCAGGUAGUAAUGGAUUAGCAGCUAGAGCUGCUGCCAGAGAUAUCGCAGAAGGAGCGGAUAUGAUUAUGGUCAAACCAGGAUUACCUUAUUUAGAUGUAAUUAGGCACACAAAAGAUGCACACCCAGAGUAUCCUAUGUUUGUUUAUCAAGUCUCAGGAGAAUAUGCAAUGCUAUAUCAUGGCGCACAAAAUGGUGCGAUUAACUUGGAAAAUGUGCUAAAUGAAGUUUUACUAUCUAUGAGACGAGCAGGAGCAGACUGCAUCAUAACUGCACUUGCUAAGGAGGAAAAGAAGGAUAAAAAAGAAGAUAUUGGGACAGUGAUAGGGAUUGAUUUAGGUACCACAUACUCUUGCGUUGGGGUAUAUAAAAAUGGACGCGUUGAAAUUAUUGCCAAUGAUCAGGGAAAUAGAAUUACUCCCUCGUAUGUAGCGUUUACUGGUGAUGGGGAACGAUUGAUCGGGGAUGCAGCAAAAAAUCAAUUGACUACAAAUCCUGAAAAUACAAUUUUCGAUGCAAAACGUUUAAUUGGCCGUGAAUGGACAGACACCACGGUGCAGAACGAUGUUAAAUUUUUCCCAUUUAAAGUUAUUGAAAAGAAUAACAAACCACAUAUAGAAGUUCAAACUAAUCAGGGAAAAAAGAUAUUUACACCGGAAGAAAUCUCUGCUAUGGUUUUGGGUAAAAUGAAGGAAACGGCAGAAGCAUAUUUGGGCAAAAAAGUUACCCAUGCUGUUGUAACUGUUCCUGCAUAUUUUAAUGACGCACAAAGACAAGCUACAAAGGAUGCAGGUACUAUCUCUGGACUCAAUGUAAUGAGGAUUAUUAAUGAACCAACGGCUGCUGCUAUAGCUUACGGUUUGGAUAAGAAAGAUGGAGAAAAGAAUGUUUUGGUAUUUGACUUGGGAGGCGGUACUUUUGACGUUAGUUUGCUCACCAUUGACAAUGGUGUCUUUGAAGUUGUUGCUACUAACGGUGACACUCACUUGGGAGGUGAAGAUUUCGAUCAGCGAGUUAUGGAUCACUUUAUCAAAUUAUAUAAGAAGAAAAAGGGUAAGGACAUUCGAAAGGAUAACAGAGCAGUCCAGAAACUUCGCCGUGAAGUUGAAAAAGCCAAGAGAGUACUCAGCGCGAGUCAUCAAGUGAGAAUAGAAAUCGAAUCAUUCUUCGAGGGCGAAGAUUUUUCAGAAACUUUAACACGUGCUAAAUUUGAAGAGCUUAAUAUGGAUCUCUUUCGUAGUACUCUUAAACCUGUACAAAAAGUAUUGGAAGAUUCUGAUAUGAGUAAAAAAGAUGUACAUGAAAUUGUUCUUGUCGGAGGAUCAACCAGGAUUCCAAAAGUACAACAGUUAGUAAAAGAAUUCUUUGGAGGUAAAGAACCUUCAAGGGGUAUUAAUCCUGAUGAAGCUGUCGCAUAUGGUGCUGCCGUUCAAGCUGGUGUUCUUUCGGGCGAACAAGAUACAGAUGCGAUCGUACUUUUAGAUGUUAAUCCGCUUACAAUGGGUAUUGAGACUGUAGGAGGUGUAAUGACCAAGCUCAUUCCAAGGAAUACUGUCAUCCCUACGAAGAAAUCACAAAUUUUCUCAACUGCGUCGGACAACCAACAUACUGUUACGAUUCAAGUAUAUGAAGGCGAACGACCAAUGACCAAAGACAACCAUCUUCUUGGGAAAUUUGAUUUAACUGGAAUUCCACCGGCUCCCCGUGGAAUACCUCAAAUAGAAGUUACAUUUGAAAUCGAUGCCAAUGGUAUUCUUCAAGUUUCCGCGGAGGACAAGGGCACUGGAAAUCGAGAAAAAAUAAUUAUUACCAAUGAUCAAAAUCGAUUAACGCCCGAUGAUAUUGAGAGAAUGAUCAAAGAUGCUGAGAAGUUUGCGGAUGAUGAUAAGAAAUUGAAGGAAAGAGUAGAGGCUCGUAACGAACUCGAAUCUUAUGCUUAUUCGUUGAAAAAUCAACUGGCCGAUAAAGAAAAACUUGGUUCUAAAGUCACCGAUUCGGACAAAGCGAAGAUGGAAGAAGCGAUCGACGAGAAGAUUAAAUGGUUAGAAGAUAAUCAGGACACGGAUCCGGAAGAAUAUAAGAAACAAAAGAAGGAACUAUCGGACAUAGUACAACCAAUUAUAGCUAAAUUGUAUCAAGGUGCUGGUGGUGUUGGUGUACCGCCAACUACAGGUGAAGAUGAUGAUGAUUUAAAAGACGAACUAUAACCGUUCAAGAGUCGACGAAGCGUCUUCGUUCUUAUUUAGACUGAAAUAAUCCACUUUCUAUAUGAGGAAUACAUCAAGGACCUACUAAUAUGUGUCAGAUGAUAAUGUCUUCAUAAUGGAUGAAUAUCGGAGACAAGUCGAAAGGUUUCAAAGUCUUACACACCACACCAUACACACACAGUGAUCUAUCAUAAAUCGAUAUAUUAAUUGACUCUCUAUCAUACAUAUUUCUUACAAGGAGCAAUAAUGCUUCUUCAUCUUCUUCUCUAAUCAAGGAAGGAAGAAAGAAAGACAAAGGAAAAAAGUAAUUGAUACAUCUAAUAAUGGAGAACUUACUUAAAAAGUUCUUAGAUAAGACUCCACGUAUUGUUAAUUUAUUUUAAUUGUUUUAUAUGUUUGUUCUUAAGUGUAAUCUAUAAGCCAAUUGUAUAACUGAUGUGUUUCGAAUAUGCAGCAGUAUGUAUGUGAGUAUGAUUGAGUUUAAAGAUGUUUACAAUUUGUAAUUAUAUAUCCAAGAGAGCGAGAGCGAGAGAGAGAGAGAGAGCGAGCGAGCGAGCGAGAGAGAGAGAGAGAGAGAGAGGAAAAGAGAGAGAGAGAGGAGGAAAAGAAGGAAAAAGAAAAAGUAACCAGAAUUAUAGUACUGUGUACAAUACAGGUAAUGUGCAGGUGUGAGAGCGCGUCAUGUAUUAAUACCAUAUAUGUACUAAACUACAUAAAUAAAUACAUUUUUUCAAUAAAA